AUGUCUGACGCUUUUGAAGAAAUUCAAGCAAUUAAAAUUAAAAGGAAUAGUUUACGUGAAAAAUUACAAAAGCGAAAAAGAGAGAGACAUGAAUUAUUUACUCUUACUUCUUCCAUACCAUCUACCUCAACUGCUGAUUCACCUCUUCCUGGUGAUUCCAAUACAUCUUCAAAAUCUGAUCAUAAUGAAUAUGAAAGAGAUAUUCUUUGUAUAUUACAUGAGUCUUUACCAAAUCUACCAAUUACAUCUGCGGAAAUAAUAGAUCAACUUCGUAAAAAUCUGAAUGCAGAUGUGUCUACUUCUGAUAUCCAUAAAAUUUUAGAGAAACUAGCUGCACAAGAUAUUAUUAAAAUCAAAGAGGUCACGGAAAAUGAAGUCUUUGGAUAUACAGUUCUCUCUGUUGCAGAAUCACAAUCAUCAUGUCUCUCUCAAUCUGAUGACACAGAAAAUCCUGAGAGUGCAGAAACAUCCGCAUCUGAAUUAAAUGAUUAUAUGCCUUCAGAAAAACAGAUAAAAAUAGAUAAAAAAAAUACAGAGGAUAUAAUGUCAUUGAUCUCAAUGCCCACAAUUAGAGAAAAAGAAAGUAAAAAAGUAGGAGAACAAAUCUUGGAUCUUUUGUCAAAACAAACAUCUAAAGAAAAAUCGUUAGCAGAAAGAUUUCGUUCUCAAGGCGGUGCACAAGUUAUGGAAUUUUGUCCACAUGGAACAAGAGUCGAUUGUGCCAAAUUAAAUGGUGGCCCAGGUUUUGCAGAAAAAUGUAAGAAAUUACAUUUUAAAAAAAUUAUACAAAGUCACACAGAUGAAUCAUUAGGAGAUUGUAGUUUUCUUAAUACUUGUUUUCAUAUGGAUACAUGCAAAUAUGUCCAUUAUGAAGUAGAUGGCCCUACUGCACAAACAAAAGAAACAAAUGAUUCUGAUGGUAUUAACAAUGCUACUAUUAACAAGACAUUAAAUCCUGAUAAUAAAAAUGGUAGUAACACUAGUUGUACAAGUAGUGUAGGUAGCGAGUUAACUCUUUAUCCACCACAAUGGAUACAAUGUGAUUUACGAUACCUAGAUAUGACAGUUCUCGGUAAAUUUGCUGUGAUUAUGGCUGAUCCGCCAUGGGACAUUCAUAUGGAAUUACCAUAUGGUACAAUGUCAGAUGAUGAAAUGAGGCAAUUAGGAAUACCUGCACUUCAAGAUGAAGGACUUUUAUUUUUAUGGGUAACAGGAAGAGCAAUGGAAUUAGGAAGAGAAUGUCUUCAACUAUGGGGUUACGAAAGAGUUGAUGAAAUUAUUUGGGUAAAAACAAAUCAAUUACAGAGAAUUAUAAGAACUGGAAGAACAGGACAUUGGUUGAAUCAUGGAAAAGAACACUGUUUAGUGGGUAUGAAAGGAAAUCCACGUAUUAAUAAGGGAUUAGACAGUGAUGUAAUUGUAGCAGAAGUUCGUGCAACUAGUCACAAACCAGAUGAAAUUUAUGGUAUUAUUGAACGCAUGAGUCCUGGAACAAGAAAAAUAGAAUUAUUUGGUCGUCCACACAAUGUACAACCUAAUUGGAUAACACUUGGUAAUCAAGUAGAUGGAGUACAUUUGAUUGAUCCACAAUUAAUUAAAGCCUUUAAAAAACGUUACCCCGAUGGAAAUUCAAUGAAACCUACAAAAUCUUAAAAUCAAUUAUGCAUCUAAAAAUAAACAAUUUCAAAAUAUGUUUUUCUUACCUGUUUAGAGGAUUAUUCUUUAUAAAAGUACAAAAAAAUAUGUAAUUGUAAAUAUAUUUUUAUAGAAAUACGAA